UAGGACUGAACAAGUAAAAUUUCUGAAGAACUGGAAUUCACCAGGAUAGAGCAAAAUCGGACUAAAUUAUCAGAAGACAGGUGUUGUGCUUUUCUUUCUUGGGGUGCUUUUUGUAGAGAAAAUGGUUUAUAAAUGCAUAUUGCUCUUCUCUAUAUUGUUUGUUUUCGGGGGUUGCCCCUUUGUUAAUAAAAUCCUUGUCUUAAAAUAAUCUACUCAGUUUCUGUUAAAUUCCUAUCCAGAACCUCUGUUGGGCUUUGAAUGGACAGAUUACAGGUAUAUUUUUUUAUUUUUUAUUUUUUUGGGUUGAAUAACCUUCAGAGUGGACAGCCUUUGCCUUUGCCUAUACUAUUAGUGAUUUUGCAAAAGUUCUAGUAUUGUUCAAGACACUAUAAUUAGCCCCAAACGUUUACCUGUCAGAUGGCUGGAUUAGUUUAUAUUUUUGCUGUCAAUCAAGUGUUUCCUUGAUGUGGUGCUAUUUGUUCUCUUAGCUUCUCUUCAUUUUCUCAAACUGACAUGAUGCUAUGCUGUUAUUCGUCAGGCAUCCGAAGCAUGGGUAGAGUGGCUUAUGAAAAAGCGAAAAGCAUUUGACUAGCGAGGUGAUAUGGCCAUUGCUGCAUGGGCUGAACAGCAGCAGCUUGAAUUAAAUCUGAAGGCCCGCCGUCUUGCUCGUUCAAAGAUGGAUCCUGAAGAGGAAAGGAGAAUCAUUGCUAAAGAGAGAAAGGCUUCUGUGGAGAAUUUUAAUAAUACAUUAAAGCUGCAUACACUUGUCUUACGGAAAAGAGAUAUAAUGCGGCGGCGAAAGGCAGAGGAAGAAAAGAAAAGGGUCAUUAGCAGGCUUCUUGCUGCUGAAGGACUGGAGCUUGAUGAAGACGACGAUAAAAAUCUAUAGGAGAUGCAACACAUAUUGGUUAGUCUCCAUGCACCUGGUGAAGAAUGCAAUAAUUUGGAAAGUUGCUUGAGGUGAAAAAGAAUGUAUUGUGCAAUAGGGCAGGAAGAAAUAGUUGUAUAUGUGAUGUUUCCCAUCUGUCACUUUACACAUGAAAAGAUUACAUCUUUGUAUAAGUUGUAUAGACGAACAUCAAUUAUAGGUUGACGUUAUUCUAUACUGUAUUUAGCACAAAAUGUUGCAGGGUUUAGUUUUCUA